AUGAGAUGCAUCAGCAUCAGCGACACUGGCGGGAACACUAGCGGGCCCCCGUCUGCUGCAGACGACAACUCGGGAUCUAACGGAGAUGAAGGCUCAGAAAAGGGUCUGUGGAAUCUUCUUGCUGCUGCCUUGUGGCCUGCAAGCCGUUCACUGAAGGCGAGAGUUGUGGGGGCAGUUGUAUCUCUCAUGGCAGCCAAGUGUCUGACCAUUGCAGCCCCGGUGGCUUUGGCGAGUCUCAUAGACCACUUCACGCAGACUGUUGCAGCAGAAGCAACUCAAGCAGCAGCAGGAGCAGCAACAGCAGCAGCUACUGCUGCUGCUGAUGCCGCGGCAGCGGGAACUACAGGAGCGACGACUACAGGGUCCUUGCUGCACCCUGCGCUUCCUGCUGGGCUCGUCAUUAGCUAUCCUUUGGCUAGACUGGGGGCCUCAGCGUUCACGGAGCUGCGCACUGCUCUUUUUACCCGGGUGUCUCAAAGGGCCUCGCGAGAGUUGGCUGCAACGGCAUUCGCCCACAUGCAUGCUACGUCCUUUAGCAGCAACAACAAAGUAGGGGAGCUAACAGCUGUCUUGACUCGAGGGACCAAGGCUAUAUCACUGCUUCUGAAUGUUUUAAGGGACCAAGGCCAUAUCACUGCUUCUGAAUGUUUUGCUAUUUCAGGUGGUGCCAACGACACUGGAGUUUUUGAUGGUUUUAGUUCUCUUGAAGCUGCGAGUUGGUUGGACCGUGGCGGCAACAGCUGUGGCCACAAUUUCUGCGUACUGGGCAUUCACCGCCACCGUCACUACGCGCAGAGCCAAACUGAGACGCGAGAUGAACCGCCUAGAGGGGCUCAGCGCCGGGUUUAUGAUUUCAUUGCAUUGGUUUUGUUGAUAUCAGGGCUGUUGGUGGACUCUUUAAGUAACGCGGAGGCGGUGCGUUACUUCACGGCGGAGGCGCAGGAGGCGGAGCGGUUUGGGAGUGUGCAGCGGCAGCUGGAGAAUCAAAUGGCGAAGGUGAAUGAGUCGCUGGCCCUACUCAACUUCGGGCAGCAGCUCAUCUUUACCAGUGGCCUCGCCAUUGCCCUUCUGCACACAGCCAACCUCGUCGCCGCAGGGGUUGCCCCUGUUGGCCAAAUCGUACUCGUCAGCACGCUGCUCCUGCAGGUGGUGCCAACGACACUGGAGUUUUUGAUGGUUUUAGUCCUCUUGAAGCUGCGAGUUGGUUGGACCGUGGCGGCAACAGCUGUGGCUACAAUUUCUGCGUACUGGGCAUUCACCGCCACCGUCACUACGCGCAGAGCCAAACUGAGACGCGAGAUGAACCGCCUAGAGGGGCUCAGCGCCGGGCUGUUGGUGGACUCUUUAAGUAACGCGGAGGCGGUGCGUUACUUCACGGCGGAGGCGCAGGAGGCGGAGCGGUUUGGGAGUGUGCAGCGGCAGCUGGAGAAUCAAAUGGCGAAGGUGAAUGAGUCGCUGGCCCUACUCAACUUCGGGCAGCAGCUCAUCUUUACCAGUGGCCUCGCCAUUGCCCUUCUGCACACAGCCAACCUCGUCGCCGCAGGGGUUGCCCCUGUUGGCCAAAUCGUACUCGUCAGCACGCUGCUCCUGCAGCUGGCGAUUCCUCUCAACUUCAUCGGGACUGCCUACAGAGAGCUGACGCUCAAUACAAUAGACUUGGAGAAGCUGCAGCAGCUGCUGCAGCUGAAGCCGUUGGUCCAGGAUCCCCCGAACCCGGUUGCCUUCGAGUUAAGAGGCGGCGCUGUGGAGUUUAGGGACGUGAAAUUCGCCUACCCCCCUUCACACUCUUUGGAACAGCUGUCUGUACACCGGACGUCGCAGAUGCAGGAAAUGCGACAUAUGCACCAAGACGCCUCAUCUGCACACGGUGGGGGCAAGCUGGUGUUAGAUGGAUUUUCGCUUCAAGUGCCCGCCGGUAGCCGAGUGGCCUUGGUAGGGGAGUCAGGCUGCGGCAAGACAACGCUAAUUCGCCUCUUGUAUCGCCUCGCCGACCCCCUGAGCGGCGUCGUGUCUAUAGACGGACAGGACCUCAAGACUCUCCCCAUCAUGUCAUUCAGGGUUUAUGAUUUCAUUGCAUUGGUUUUGUUGAUAUCAGGGCUGUUGGUGGACUCUUUAAGUAACGCGGAGGCGGUGCGUUACUUCACGGCGGAGGCGCAGGAGGCGGAGCGGUUUGGGAGUGUGCAGCGGCAGCUGGAGAAUCAAAUGGCGAAGGUGAAUGAGUCGCUGGCCCUACUCAACUUCGGGCAGCAGCUCAUCUUUACCAGUGGCCUCGCCAUUGCCCUUCUGCACACAGCCAACCUCGUCGCCGCAGGGGUUGCCCCUGUUGGCCAAAUCGUACUCGUCAGCACGCUGCUCCUGCAGCUGGCGAUUCCUCUCAACUUCAUCGGGACUGCCUACAGAGAGCUGACGCUCAAUACAAUAGACUUGGAGAAGCUGCAGCAGCUGCUGCAGCUGAAGCCGUUGGUCCAGGAUCCCCCGAACCCGGUUGCCUUCGAGUUAAGAGGCGGCGCUGUGGAGUUUAGGGACGUGAAAUUCGCCUACCCCCCUUCACACUCUUUGGAACAGCUGUCUGUACACCGGACGUCGCGGAUGCAGGAAAUGCGACAUAUGCACCAAGACGCCUCAUCUGCACACGGUGGGGGCAAGCUGGUGUUAGACGGAUUUUCGCUUCAAGUGCCCGCCGGUAGCCGAGUGGCCUUGGUAGGGGAGUCAGGCUGCGGCAAGACAACGCUAAUUCGCCUCUUGUAUCGCCUCGCCGACCCCCUGAGCGGCGUCGUGUCUAUAGACGGACAGGACCUCAAGACUCUCCCCAUCAUGUCAUUCAGGAAGCACAUUGGGGUAGUUCCCCAAGACGUGGCGCUCUUCAACGAGUCUCUCGGAUUCAACCUGCGAUACGGGAGCCCCCACGCCACAGACGAACAAGUGAAGGAAGCAAUUCGCCUCGCGGAACUAACGGAGUUGGUAGAGUCGCUUCCCGAUGGCCUCGACACGCCUGUUGGCGACCGCGGCCUUCGCCUCAGCGGCGGCGAAAAGCAGCGGGUUGGGAUCGCACGAUGCCUGUUGCGCAACCCGGAGAUAGUUUUGUUUGAUGAGGCGACAAGCGCCCUGGACCUCCAUACCGAGCACAAAAUCCUUAAGGAAGCAAUUCGCCUCGCUGAACUAACAGAGUUGGUAGAGUCGCUUCCCGAUGGCCUCGACACGCCUGUUGGCGACCGGGGCCUUCGCCUCAGCGGCGGCGAAAAGCAGCGGGUCGGGAUCGCACGAUGUCUGUUGCGCAACCCGGAGAUAGUUUUGUUUGAUGAGGCGACGAGCGCCCUGGACCUCCAUACCGAGCACAAAAUCCUUAAGGCUCUGCAAGCAGUUUCCCGUGGUCGCACUACUCUUUUGAUUGCUCAUCGCCUCUCCACAGUUGCCGGCGCCGAUACAAUUGCUGUUCUCGACAGAGGUCGAGUCGCGGAGAUCGGAACGCAUCAGCAGCUGCUGCAGAAGCCAAAUGGGUUGUAUGCGUCCAUGUGGGCCCGACAGGUCAGUGCACCACCCAGUUGA